AAAAGAAUAUCCAACUUUUCCGACUUCUGCCCUAGAUACUUAUCUUAUAUAGCGAUACAAUUUGUCAAGACGCUUAGGAGUUUAUAUCACAUCCGCGAUCUGCGAAAUGUUCAAAGCAAAUGUACAAUGCAAUUUGUAAAUAGCGCCGGGGGUGUUAAUUUCGUCGAAGAAUCGUGCACUUGAUACUCAAGUCGAAUGGUAUUUAAUUGAUCGCGAGGAAGAGUUGGCUCUUGUUCAUCGGCAGACGAGCUUGUGUUACAGUGAAAGUGUUUUUUGCAGAGCGUUGAAUGGGGAGAAGUUUGAAUUUUGUUAAACCUUUUGAUUGACAUUCUUCAAAAAUGAAUAACAAUAUUACGGUUAACGGUGAACAUAAGUCCAAUGAAAUAGAUAGAGAAAUCAAGCAGAAUCUUAGUGACAUCGACUAUGACAAGGAAAACAAAGCUUCUGCGUUUAGGAUUCUCGCGUCGCAAUCCUAUGCUACGUUGGCAACGAAUAUGUUGAAAUUUUCUUAUGGCGCCUGCAUGGGAUUUACAACGAUAUUUUUAAUAGAGUUAGCCAAAAAGGAUGCAGAGAUAAAAGUUACUUUUGCCGAAUUGACAUGGUAUUCCACUUACUUUUUCAUGAUACCUGUCGGUUCCAUCGUUGGAGGCGUUGUUGCUCAAUGGAUGGGUAGUCGUUUGCUCAUGAUGCUCGCAGCAGCCAUGGUCGUAUUUUCUUGGCUGCUCUACCAUUUUGCGACGAAUUCUUCGAUGGUUUUGUUCGCACAAGCAAUAAAUGGUGCAGCAGGUGGUAUGACUAAGGGACCUGGUCUUACGUACAUAGCCGAAAUUUCGCAACCAAGGCUGAGAGGCACCCUUAUGUCUACUGCUACGUUGUUCUAUUUGGCAGGCCAAUUCUUUGCUGUUCUUUUGGGAGGUUACUUGUAUUGGAGAACAGUUGCAUUAGUAAAUCUGGUCGUCCCAGUAAUUGGAUUGAUAAUGUGUUGCUUCAUACCGCACAGUCCACAUUGGCUUGCAAGUAAGAAUCGCAUUGAAGACGCUCAACGUUCUCUAGCUUGGCUUCGAGGCUGGACAACCAAAGAAUGCAUCAAAUCUGAGUUCGACACUUUCAUGAACACCCUUGAAAUGUCCAGAAAGAAGACUAUGACGGAUGAAAGCAUUGGCAGUUCCAGUUUUGGACAUAGAUUGAAAAGAACGGUUCUACCGUACUUACAUCGAUCUUUCUAUAUUCCUCUGGCAGUAUCUUGUUACAUAUAUUUCAUUAAUACCUUUGGUGGAUCUCAUUCAACGCAAUCCUACGCUGGUCUCAUAUUCCAACAAAUCAAAUCACCUCUUGAAGCUCAUACCGGUACGAUUAUUUUGAAUGCUGGUCGCACACUGGGAGCAGUUUCUUGUUUGUUCACAAUUCGCCUGGUUGGUAAAAGGAAACUCAUAUUUUUCUCACUUUUCGGCGGUGGAGUUUCGUACGCUGUUGCAGCGAUAUUUAACGUUUUGAUGGAAAAUAAUCAAAUCGAUUCAAAAAAGUAUGCCUGGGUACCGACGAUCAGUAUUAUAAUGGCUAUAUUUAUGAUUGCUGCAGGCAUUGAUAAAAUCAUGCAUUUAAUUAACAGCGAAAUAAUUCCUCUACAAUAUCGCCUAGUGGGCUCUGGAAUUGGUCAAACGUUCUACAAUUUGAAUCUGGCAACGUUGAACAAAGUUUUUCUCUAUGUUGCCGGAUACGUGACAUUGUCGGGUAUGUUUGCUGGUUUUGCCACCAUAAAUCUUAUAGGCUUCCUUACAAUUUAUUUCAUACUUCCCGAAACUGAAGGAAGGUCACUAGCUGAAAUCGAAGAACACUACUCAGGUGUGCGAAAACUAACAGAUAAGAAAAAAGGCGAUAAAGAUAACGAUGUACCUGCUUAAUUAAACAAUUGAUAGAGUAUGUGUUCGUGACGUUUUUUGUAGAGGACAUUUGUAAAAAAUAUUGCAUGGAUGUAUUGUUAUUAUUUAAUAUAUAAGUGUGUAAAUAAUCAUGUAUUAAACCUCAUCAACGCAUUUUUAUAAGAUCAUGAUUUAAAAAUAAAUGAUUCAAUUAUUCAUGAA